GUUGGCGGCAGCGGGAUCGCUGACAGCCUCGGAUACUGUGACACCUCUCGGCGGCCCGGCACUUGUUGCUUCCAGGACCUGUUGUCAUCCCUUAACCUCCUUCCUUCCCCCGUGCCCCCGGCCCCUCCUGACUCCUCUGCUGCUCCCGUAAUCACUUGGGACACCGUUGCCCCAGUUCGAGAAAUACACGAUUUAAAAGAAAAGAAAAGAAAAACCUGCCCUGCGGAGCCCCGCCGUGCAGGAGCCGGAGCUCAGAGGGCUGGCCCCUGCGCUGCAGAGGUGGCGCCUCCGCGGCCCGGGACGGUGGCCCCGGGCGCCAACAGCACGAUGGACUCGGCGACAGCUAACGGGGACGACAGGGACCCCGAGAUCGAGCUCUUCGUGAAGGCUGGAAUCGAUGGGGAAAGCAUUGGCAACUGUCCCUUCUCUCAGCGGCUCUUUAUGAUCCUUUGGCUGAAAGGAGUCGUGUUCAAUGUCACCACUGUGGACCUGAAAAGAAAGCCGGCUGACCUGCACAACCUAGCCCCUGGCACCCACCCGCCCUUCCUGACCUUCAACGGGGAUGUGAAGACAGACGUCAAUAAGAUCGAGGAGUUCCUGGAGGAGACCUUGACCCCUGAGAAGUAUCCCAAACUGGCUGCGAAACACCGGGAAUCCAACACAGCAGGCAUCGACAUCUUCUCCAAGUUCUCUGCCUACAUCAAAAACACCAAGCAGCAGAACAAUGCUGCCCUGGAGAGAGGCCUGACCAAGGCGCUGAAGAAGCUGGAUGACUACCUGAACACCCCUCUGCCAGAGGAGAUUGACACCAACACUCGUGGGGACGAAGACAAGGGGUCCCGGCGCAAGUUCCUGGAUGGAGACGAGCUGACCCUAGCUGAUUGCAACCUGUUGCCCAAGCUCCAUGUGGUCAAGAUUGUGGCCAAGAAAUACCGCAACUAUGAUAUCCCAGCUGAGAUGACAGGCCUGUGGCGGUACCUCAAGAAUGCCUAUGCCCGGGAUGAGUUCACCAACACCUGUGCCGCUGACGCAGAGAUUGAGCUGGCCUACGCGGAUGUCGCCAAGCGCCUCAGCCGAUCCUGAGCACUGCCUGGCCCCAUCCCUGCUGCAAAAGGACUCAGCUUCCCCCAGAGGACUCCAGCUCCACCAGCCCCUCUUCUUCAUUGCCUCGGAAAACAUUUUUUUUCUCUUGAAACCAGGUCACAUUUUGCUGGCAUCACCCGAACUCCAGCCCAUGAUCUUUUAAGAAGGUCAGUGCCAUCCCCUGCCUCACCACGCAGGAGUCUGGCAAGCAGAAAAGAUUGGAGCUAGGACUGCGUUGGCUGAGGAUUUUGGGGCCCAGCUCCCUACUUCUGACGCUCCUGUCAUUGGGCACUGAAGGCCAGAUUGCAAAGUCUUUCCACUGUCAGCUUGCUGGAGUGUGAGAAAGCUGCAAUGCUUUGGUGCACUUGACCGCGCUGCUGACCCUAGUGUUCAUGCUGGCCAGGUCCUGCCACGAAAGGAAAUGGGCAGGCAGCUCCAAACUGGGGUGACUGGGGAAGGGGAGUGGGGGGAGGGGGGCAAUGUCGAUGCCAAAAGGCCCACAGGGUCUAUCAGCCAUGGGGUUUGCUCGCUUAGGGGUAGUUGUUUGACUGGGGAGUACAUGCCUGGGUUUGACUGUGUGUAUCAGUAAGUGGCCCUGGUCCAGGAGAGAGCAGAUGGGAGUAGAAGGGGAAGGAUGGGUGAAGAUAAAGGAGUGCUGUAUGAGGCUUCCUGUCCCCUGGUAAACUUUUAGACAGGUCUUCUCUCUCAUGAUCCAACUAAGGCUUGGACUGGUGGUGUGGUUUCACCAGCAGCCUCAUUGCAAAAACCCAACAAUUGGCCAAAACCAUCUCCCUGGUCUCUCCUAGUUGCUCCUGGAUGUGAAUCUGCUGGUUGGGUACUUUCAGGUGGCUACCCUUGGCUGACCCAGCUUCUGCCACUGAUGGAAGACAUACAGUCAGCAGGUGGCACUGUCAUGGAACACCUGAGAAAGUCCAGGGGACUGUCUGACUGGGAAACCAUGAGGUUGAACUUGAAGAAAACCAUGUACCCAUCUGGGUUAAUUUUCCUACCAGUAGAUUCAACUGCCAGAUGAAAAUUUUUUUCUUAGCUAAUAUUUCACUCCUUCGUCAUUCUCCUUGAGUUUCACCUCCUUACAAACUCACCCGGUCUUAGCAUUGGGGACUUGUGCAAAGGAAACUAAGAAAAAUGAACUAAUCAUCGACUCCCUCUCCCGGUGAACGCCCUGUGAGAAAACCCAUCCACCCCAGGGCCUCACCUGCAACAAUCCUGCCUUCUGUGUUGCUUCUCGGUGGAGGGUGAGGCUCCCAAGUGCCGGAAAGGCCUUGGACUUGGCUCAUUUCUCAACGAGGGCAGGACAGCACGGGUCCUUUCCAUAGAAACAUCAACAAACUCUAACCCAAGCAAUGCCUGAACCCACCUGCCUCCAGGGAUCUCUGAGGGAAAGAAGUGAUCCAUUGAUCAAAACAGAGGACAGGAAGCAGGAGGCCUCCUCUAGGCCACUGAGGAAGAGGAAAUUUCUCAGUAGGACAUUUUAUGAGCCUGAGAGAGCUUUGAAAGGGCAGAAUGAGUUGAUUCAUUUGCCCCCUUUAAAGGAAUCUUUCCACAGUCUCCCUGGAAACUUUGCCCCUGGGGAAGCUUAACAAGGAGAUCUGGUAAGGCAACAGUCUUUUUACUGUAGGGAAAAGCCCCAAACUAGCCUCUGGGGAUGCGAGUUCGAAUGAUUCCGAGGGCCUUUUCAUUAGUGUGAAACCAUGCUGGACUCAGAAAUCCUUCCAUGCACUUAUGGCCAAGCGAGAGGACCUGGGAGGCAGCUGACUUUUCUGAGAUCCAUGGGUGGGCUGUUUUUGAAACCCACGUGUGAGGCACAGCACACAUAAUGAGGACCCCCCGGAGGACAGCACCGCCCCAGCGGAGGUGGCAGAAAGCUCAGGGCUCUGCCUUGAUAUCCAGAAUUCAGCAGUUGGUGAGUCCAAAACCAGACAGACCAGACCAAAGCAAUAUGGUUGUUUCCAGAUGUUCCUUCUGGGGUUGAGUCAGUUUGACAUAAAUAAGGCACUGGGUAGGGGUGUUACAUGAUCACUUACAACCAUUUAGAAUAGGAGAAAGGCAUUUCUGGAUACUCAAUUCAGAACUAUCAUCUAAUACAACUGGAUAUUGACUCAGAGUUCUGAUGGCUCAUGGCCAGACUAAUCCCAGCAUAUUAAAAUAAGAAUAUUAAUACCUUCCACUGGUUGCUUUCUUUUUCCAGAAGAGAUUCCCCUGCACUCCCCUCCUCCCCAAUCUUUCAACCUCACUGGGCUUUGGCCAUAACUGUGUCCCGGGCACAGUGUACCAUUUCUCAGCAAGUGGGAUGAUGUCCUUAGGAGUCCCAAGAAACAAGUCAGGAAGGAUUGAAGGGUUUGCAGCUUGGGUCCUGGGUGACUGCUGAUCCCACCGAAAGCAUUUCAGUGGCACAGCAAGGGGGCUCAUUUGUGUUGAGCUCCUGUUUUAUCUUGUAAUUACUUAUCCCCUUUGACUUUCCAUCACUACUUUUUUGUAGGGUAGGGCAGUGAGAGGCAAAGGCAGAAAUAAAAGUCAAGGUCAGAAUGGCAGAAUUGAACUCGGUCAUCUCUUCAGGACUGCCUAGGGCUUAGUUUGGCCCAGAGCGAAGGUCCUGGAUAAGAUUUUAAAAACUAUACAAGAUGAGCUGGAUGUGUAAAAUCUGGAAGGAAGUCAAACGCCUGAUGAAUUUCGAAUCACAGUACAAGUAGGACUGUCUUCUUUUAUAGCAAGGGGGUUCAGAGUUCCCCUGCACCAAACAAAUGAGUUGAAAACUGGGAAAUGUAGACAAUCAGCUUGUUUGGCCACUAGUUCUUAAACUAGUUUCAAUUUCCCAGGAAAUGGCACUGUUCUUAGUGUUCCCUCCUUGUGCUAGGGGUGCUUAAGAAAGAUCUUGAUCCUUCCAACUUUGCCAAGAAUGAGGUUGCCUGGGCCACAUUCUUUGUCCAGUGAAACAACAGAAGCUGUCCACAGCACCUGUGCGUGGCGACCACACUACAGACAAACCAUACUGAGUGUCUUGGGAUCGUCACAAAAUGGAGCACAUCUAAAAUAGACCUUGGCCCUCUAAGAUUCCUGGGAAUCAGCAAGGCCUGGGCAGACAGCAGUGAGACAGAGGCAGAGACAGGAAGUUGGGGUUCUUCCCUGGGAAGAGUCUGCCCUCACUGAGAGCAUCUGUGUCCAACGUUAAACUGAUCUGGAAGCAGCAGGCAUCCAGGAGGCACUUCUGCCGAUCUCUAUUCCCACUGGCCAGGAGCCAUCUCCACUGUCCCAGAUGCUGGUGUUACCCUCUUGGGAAAGAAGAAACAUUAACUCAUGAUCACAUCUACGUUCAGCAAGUCCCAAAGGGAUUGCUUUCAAAUUUUUGUAUGUCACGUCAAGAAGAAUCUUAAAGUACUAGAAAAAGUAUGCACAUGGAAGCCUCUGAUCCCGCAGCACACAGGCCACUAUGGCCUUCCACCUACUGCUCUUCACCACUCAAAUCAAAUAGCACGUGCCCUCCUUCUGAACACACACUCUUCUUCUCCCAGGUUAGUCUCAGGAGACUGUCAUCUCAAGUCACAUAGUUGUAUUUAAUGCCCUCUAAGGAAAUAGAUUCAAUCCUCCCCACAACCAAAGAUAAAUAGAAUAUUGCCUCCAUACAAGGUGUAAGCUAAUGGAUAUUUCUAUAAAAGCAAUCUGGUUUUUGGCAAAGCGUAGUUUUCAGGAUCCAGUCAUCCCAGAUAUUUUGUGUACCGUUAGAGUUUUCACACUAUUGACUACGCAUAUGUUUCACAUUUAAAAUAUCCAGCUGAUGUUUGAAUUUAUCUUACUUUCUUAGCUAUGUGGUUGCCCUAUUUUAUAAACUAGGGAGCUCACCAAUCUAGCAAAUGAUGCCUAGCUUUUAUAAAAGAACAAGUACUUCAUUUUACAAAGUCACUCCCCAUGAUGGCUGCUUGAUUUUCACGAGACCUUCAACUGUGUUGAUCAAAUAACCAUACUUGCUUUCCAGCCUUAAUAAAUAUAAAAUGCCUUUUAAUGAAGAUAUAGUUGAGUGCUUUCCUCAUGAAUCUGAACCAGUUAUAAAUUUGUUUCCCAGACUUGAGUGGUAUUGACUGAUUCAAAUAAAGUUGCUUUAUUUUCAAUUACUAUAAAAGCGAUCAUCAGGUUUUUUAUUUGAGGUGGAAAUUUCCUAUACUAUUUUAAAUGAGAAGUAUAAUAGACCUCUUUUUUUUUUUUUCAAAUAAAGAUUAGUUUACUUUCUGUUGUAAAAGAAAAUAUGCUUAUUCUUAAAAAUCAAAGGGAAAUCAGAAGAAAUAGGGGAAGAAGUAAAGGAAAAACAAAACACUUGUGACCCAGUCAUCCAAAAACUGAAUUUUUUUUUAAGCAAAGCUUAAAAGUCUUUCAUAGUGCACAGGUUAAGCAAAAACAUAGGGAAACUCCUUCAGGUUUUUCAUUUCCUGUCUGUCUUGUCUUAUCUGAAGGUAGGUCAGCAGUGAGAGUCCAGGUUAGGAUUUAAAUGAUACCUUUUAAAACCCAUCUACUGUGCCUGCAGCUUUCUUUUGGCUCGAAGGGGCUUCUCCUUAUCAGCAUUCCUAGACUGAAAUUCCCACUGGGAGCACCACCCUUACCGCCUCGCCUCCGGGCUAAGUGGUCAUUAUACCUGCAGCAAACAAAGCUCCUGACACAGCCUCUAAGAGCAGUCCCAUUGCUGAAAGGUACCAAAGGUUUGGCGCCUCCUGUGGGCUCCAUGCCAGCAGGAGAGCUUCUGGUUAUCUUGGAGAGAUGAAACGGCUGACUUGGGGUGAGUCCCGGCUGGGCAGGGCAGCUGGGAGCUCAGGGCAGGUGCAGCAGAUACAGUCUUCUGCACCCUGACCACCACAUCUUCUUCUGGCAGGAGCUCUGUUCCGGGCGGGAGUGCACCCCCUUACUCACACAUUUCUCCCUCUCCCUCCCUACACACCCUUCCCCCUUCCUGUGAUUCAGGUGAGAGUGAUUUCAUUCCCAGUUCUAAGAGCAAAUCAGAGAUGGUCCAAACCCCUCCUCUUGGCUGACUUCAGAGUGGCCCCUGACCAACUUCCAGCCAGUGUCGCAAUGGGCUACUAAGAUUCCCUUGUUCUGGCCGGUGCCGCGGCUCACUAGGCUAAUCCUUCGCCUUGCGGCGCCGGCACACUGGGUUCUAGUCCCGGUCGGGGCGCCGGAUUCUGUCCCGGUUGCCCCUCUUCCAGGCCAGCUCUCUGCUGUGGCCAGGGAGUGCAGUGGAGGAUGGCCCAAGUGCUUGGGCCCUGCACCCCAUGGGAGACCAGGAUAAGUACCUGGCUCCUGCCAUCGGAUCAGCACGGUGCGCCGGCCGCAGCGCGCCGGCUGUGGCGGCCAUUGGAGGGUGAACCAACGGCAAAGGAAGACCUUUCUCUCUGUCUCUCUCUCUCACUGUCCACUCUGCCUGUCAAAAAAAAAAAAAAAAAAAAAAAAAAAAGAUUCCCUUGUUCUGCAGAAAGUGACUCCUUACGUCACUGCCUCUGGCGCUGCCACUGGUGUGAGGCCUGGAAAUGCUACGUCUCUGGGAACCAUGACGAGCCAAACUUAGGAUGAAGUCAAGACCAUAGACUGCAAAAUGCAGCAAGAGAUGGGCGCUCCUAGGCCGCAGUUUCCUGAAGGUAGUUAUGAAGGUCCCUUGUCUAUGUGAUUCUACCAUCUCUGAUGACAGCACCUGUUCAAGCGCAAGGCCAUGUCAACCUACUGGCACAUUCAAUCAGUUGGAAGAUCUCUGUGGUGUCCUUUAACGGAACAAAGCUGGCCAUCAGAAUAUACAGAGAUGUUAGGCAUUUGUCUAUGUGGGGUUUUUAUUUUAAAGUAAAUUUUAGGGGUCGGCAUUGUGGCUCAGCAGGUUAAGCCACCACUUGUGGUGCUGGCAUGCAAUAUGAGAAAGCCAGGAGUUCCCGCUGCUCCACUUCCAAUCCUACAAUAUACCUGGGAAAGCAAAGGGCGAUGGGCCAAGUACCACCAUCCCUGUGGGAAACCUUCAUGCAAUUCCUGGCUCCUGGCUCUUGGCUUCUGCCUGACCCAGUCUCUGCUGUUGUGACCAUUUGGGGAAUGAACAAGCAGAUGGAAGAUACUCUCUCUCUCUCUCUCUCUUUCCCUCUCUCCCCCCUUCUGUCACUCUCUUUUUACAAUAAAUAAAAUAAAUCUUUUUUAAAAACUAAAUUUUAGAAUGUGACUUGAAGUCAAUUGACAUCAUAUCUGCCCUCUAUUUUUUGAUAUGUUCAGUGAUAUCUAUGUCUACAUGCAAUGAAGGGGAUCCCAAGGCCCAGCAAUUAGGUUCAUCUAUUGCAAUGAUUUUUACAGAAAGUAGGAUUCGAAUUUUGGACAAGUUUUCAUUGAAAAUGUGUAAAUGAAGACAUGUUUUCAGUUUGUCUCCUUGAGCUCCAGUAUCUCAAUGUUCCAAGCCUUCUUGACGCCACCCUUGAAUAGGCCCUGGAGUCUGCACCAUUCAAGAUACAUCACACACAUAUCCUUAAGAGACAAGUGGAGAGCCAGGGACUCAGCCCGCUGUGAGGAAAUGCUUGGUUUUACUCCAUUUUGAAUCUCUAAGGAAUGGUUUCCUGUGUGUCAGUCACUCCUCACUGCUCUUUCCCUGGUUAAGGCUAUCCAGUCUUGGUGUCAUGCCCACCUCAAGUGGCACUCAGCAAAAAUUAGAUCUUCAAAAAUAUGUAUUGGUGAUUGACUAGAGAGGUCAUGAGGCAGUAUUCUCGACUUCUGGGUUGACCUUGGAUCUCACUGUUCAUUUUCGUCUAGUCCCUGACACUCACCAAACCAUAACUCUGAAAAUGGAGGGCUAAAAAGAAUUGAGGAAAGAAAUAUGUGUCUGUUAGUUGAAUAUGAUUCCAAUGUAUGUCUGAAGAGUGCAUCCUUUUAAAACAAUCUAUGAAGGAUUUCUCUGAGUGGAAGGAUUAAAAGCUACCUAACACUCAUUGAAUUGCAUAGUUAGGGGAUAAUUUAUUCCCUUUUCUAGGUUGGCCACAAAAUUGUGCCCACAUUAGAUAUUAUUUUUUAAGUGGAUGAGAAGGGUGGGCGUUUAGCCCAAUGGUUAAGACACUUACAUUCCACAUCCGAGCACCUGGGUUUGAUUCCCAGCUCUAACUCCCGACUCCAGCUUCCUACUGAUGCACACCUUGGGAGGCAGCAGGUGGUGGCUCCAGCAGUGGGAUUCCUGCCAGCUGCUUCCACCAUUUAGGUAGAAGACCUGAAUUGAACUCCCCAUUCCCAGCUUCAGCCCCCAGUUGUUAUGGGCAUUUACGAAGUGAACCAGCAGAUAUGAGUGCUCUCUUAAAUAAAGUGAAGUUUAGAACAAAAUAAAGUGGACUAUAAACUUUGAGGUGAGAGUGAUUCUGGAUAGUAAAAUCUAAUUAAAGUAAAGGCUAAUUAAAGGUUAAACAACUACAUCAUAUAUAUAUACAUAUACACACAAUAUAUAUAUAUAGAGAGAGAAAAUGUAGAAAAUACAAAAGCAGAAAUUAAGUUAUGCCUAUAAUUCUUCCAUCAAGAGGUAACCACUUUUCAUUUUUAAUUAUCAUUCCAGCCUUUUUCUAAGAAGAUAUAUUUAUAAAUAUGGACCAUUUUUAAACACAAAAGGAAUAAUAUUGAAAACUGAAGCCAAUGUACUUUGUUGUCUCUAUGAUAAACAGUUCUGGAGUAAAGUAUAUAUACUUUCUAUUUCUGUGCCAAGCAAUACUGGAACCAGAUAAAAAUAACUUUCUGCUUGCUCAGCAAAUAUUUGCUUGCUCGACAACAAUUGCUACAAGACCUCCCCUUAUCAUGCCCGUCAGUCCAAAGCUAUUAUGUCAUAAACUCUGCACAAUCCAUCCAGCCCCUUGCCUUUUCAGACUCUCCUUAUAAUCCCUGGGCUCUGGUCCUAAAAUCUUGUAAAUAACCUCCCCUGGGGCCAGCGCUGUGGUACAACGGGUUAACACCCUGGCCUGAAGCAUUGGCAUCCCAUAUGGGCACCGGUUCCAGUCCCAGCUGCUCCACUUCUGAUUCAGCUCUCUGCUAUGGCCUUGGAAAGCAGUAGAUGGCCCAAGCCCUUGGGUCCCUGCACCUGCAUGGGAGACCUGGAAGAAACUCCUGGUUCCUGGCUUCAGAUUGGCGCAGUUCCGACUGUUUUGGCCAAUUGGAGAAUGAGCCAUUGGAUGGAAGACCUCUCUCUCUCUCUGCCUCUCCUUCUUUCUCUGUGUAACUCUGACUUUCAAAUAAAUAAAUAAAUCUUAAAAAAAAAUAACCUCCUCUGAAUACUUCCUUCUUACAUACUACUAAGAUUCUGUCAAGGAGGUCUCUUUAUUGAGAUAAAUUUUAUAAACUUCACGUUUCUUAAUCAGUAAAUUUUUCUAGCAUUAUUUUAAGAAUUGUCAGCCAACCUCUACAUAUUGUUUUUUUAAGUAUACUUAUUUAUUUAUAUUUAUUUUUAAGGCAGAGAGAAAGUAGAAAGAGAGGUCUUCAUCCACUGGUUCACUCCUCUGUUGGGGCUAGUUCAAGUUGAAGCUAGCAGCCCAGAACUCCAUCUGCCUUUCCCAUGUGGGUGGCAGGGUCUCAAGCACUUGAGCCAUCAGUGUGCCUCUUGGGUACUCAUUAGUGGGGACCUGGAUCAGAAGCAGAGGGAAAACUUAAUCCCACUCUGAUGUGGGAUGCUGGAUAUGGACAUCCCAAGCUACAGCUUAAUUUGCUGCCUCACAACGCUCACCUCCACAUACUGUUUGUUAAUCACUCAUAUCAUGAACAUUCUUAUAUGUUCUUUUCAUUUAUAUAAUCAGUCUCUGUAUCAUAACCCAUUUAACCAGCUUCCUAUUAUUUAGAUUUUAGGGCCUUCCUAAUUUUUCACUCUUAUAAUCGAUGCUAGAAUGAGUACCAAUAAGCUAGAUUUUUCAUUUUCUCCAUUAGCCUCUUAGAAUAGAGUUCUGGAAGCAAGAUUGCUAAGUCAAAAAUCAUGCUUGCUAUAAGCCUCCUGUUAUAGAUUGCUCGAUUUACUUCCAGAUUGUUCCAACUUAACUUUGGCCAGCAGAGUGCUUAUUUUCUCACAUCAUCACUAGUACUUAGUGUUAUCAUUUUUCAAUUCUUCUCUUUAAAAGAUUUGCUUUGUUUAUUUGAAAAGUAGAGAGACAGAGAGAGAAGGGGAGACAGAGGAAAAGAGAUCUUCCAUCCACUGGUUCAUUCCUCAAAUGGCAGCAAAGGCUAAAGCCAGGAGCCUGGAACGCCCUCAGGGUCUCCCCUGUGGGUGACGGGGCCCAGCUAUUGGGUCGUCUUCUCCUGCUUUCCCAGGCACAUUAGCAGGGACCCCAAACAGAGCGGCUGGGACUCCAACUGGAACUAGAUUCAGAAUGCCAGCGUCACAGGCACUGGCUUAGCCCUCUGCACCACACCACCAAUCCUCAUUUUUCAAUUCUUUUCAAUUUGAUAAGUGAAAUAUAACUCAUGAUUUUCUCUUUAUUUAUCUACCUGUGAAUAUCUUUCCAAAGUGAACAGUCCCUUUCUUUACUGUUUUUAAUGAAUAUCAACAGAAUAUAUUUCAUGUGGUUCAUAGACACAAUUCUAAGAACAUAAUGAAACUCCCCUCCCUCCCUCCCUCCCUCCUCCUUAAUUUCUUUCUUUUAAUUUUCGUGAUAACAUACUUUCAAUUUACUUUAUAAUCACAGGCUUACUGGGCCACUAAAUAAAGAGGCCAACAAGUAAAAAAGUAGAAAGACCACAGGAAUAUAGACAAGGGCUAAGACAGGAAUCAAAUCACAAGAUGCCAAUGUCACACAUAUAAAUUGGUUUUUAUAUUUUUUUUGGGGGGGGGGGAUGGUACUGUGUAUUAGCUUCUAUACAUCAGAGAAAACAUGUGGUACUUCUGUUUACUGCAUUUAGGUCCUCUGUUUUUUAGAGGAAAGUAUAGUUCCUCUUGCAAUUUUUAGCUACCACAUACCCAUGAGGUUACAUCUUGGAAGGAGGUAAGGAUGGACUGACUUGAGGCAGUUCUUGCUCCUCUUUGGACUUCCUGGUAUAUUUUGAAGUAGAACACAGAACAGAUAGUUCUCUCUUUACCUAAUAUAUAAGAAAUUCAAAAAGAAAAUCUUCCUUACUUUAGGCCACAAAAGGACUUCAAUCCUAGAUCAAACCCAGUAAUUGUCUUGAGGGUAUUAGAAACAUGUUAUUGGGUAGGAAUGUAUGUAGGGGGAGGAGGGGCAAGUUGUCCUCUCUGCCUUAUGAGAGUACUUCCAAAGGUUCAUGGAAACUGUAUUAAAGAACCUUAUUUUUGAUACAGAAAUAAAUUGAAAUCCAUGCAUAAUUUUUCAUGAUACAUGUUUCCAUCAACUCUUUGAAAACUAUUCAUAUCAUAUAUAUUUUUUAAAGAUUUAUUUAUUUGUUUGAAAGGAAGAGUUAGAGAAAGAGAGAGAGAGAGAGAGAGAGAGAGAGAGAGAGAGAGAGAGAUUGAGUUCUUCCAUCUUCUAGUUCACUCCCCAAAUGGCCAUAACAGCUAGGGCUGGGCCAGACCAGGGCCAAGAGCUUCCUCCGGGUCUCCCACAUGGGUGCAGGGGCCCCAGCACUCAGGGCAUCCUCUGCUGCUUUCCCAGGCAUAUUAGCAAGGAGCCAGAUUGGAAAUGGAGCAGCCAGGAUUCCAACCAUUGACCAUAAGGGAUGCUAGGAUUGCAGGCAGCUGCUUUACCUGCUACGCCACAGUAGUGGCCACUCGUAUAUGUUUUCAAAUCAAAAUAAAGUCAUAUUUUAAUUCCGUAUUUCUAUCAACAUUAUACAAUACCCUGUAGCUUUAGAAACAUUACAUUUACAAUGAUUAGGCUGACUUGGGAAGAGCUAUUCUCUAGUAUAAAAUUCCACCAGAAAGUCUCACAACUCAUGGAGCAUUUAGCGUUCAGGGCAGGGUCAAGUCUGUCCAGAAGGAAGUCAAAUGCGGGGACAGAAGAGAAAGAUGUUGGCGGAUCCUGCACUGGGACACAAGGAAGUGACACAGGGGAACCUGAGCCCCAAGUCUAUAUUUCUAGAGUAUCAACCUCCAAAGCACUGCAGCUUCUAAAGUAAGAGCCAAGAGACAGGCAGGUCUUCAGCCCUGAAUCCUAGAUUAAUUAGUGGUGGGAAGAGAUUUCGCAUUCAGCCAGAACCCAAAGACAUUUGGGAACUGAGGAUCUUCAAUCUUUCCUUUUGCCUUACCACAUGCUCAUGCAUCCCACAACUCCACAAACACUGUCUCCUAUCACACUGUCUAGCAUUCUUAGGAGAAUCCUCAAAAAAAAAAAAAAAAAAAAGGCCAGGAUGGCCCUACCUCUCAUGCCUUGCAUUGAUCCAGAUGCCAUGCAACCUGAAAACAAAAACGAGGAGAAAGGGGAUGGUUGUGCAAGAGCAUGAGAUUCUAACUGAACCUCUACGUAAUAAACACCACAACAGGGCCAAAUUCAACAUCCAAAAGAGACAUGGAGCCCAAAAACCAUCAUGUGGGUAUUUAAUUCUAGAAAAGGGAACUAUAUGAGAGUGUUGAGGAGGAUAAUGAAAGGAGCAGUUAAAAUGUAAAUUGCUCACUGGAGACUAUUUUAAAAUGCUUUUUUUGAAGUACUAUGCAAGGAGCUCCAAAGUCAAUACUGAAAGACGCUAUAAAUUCAUCAAGGCAGAAAGCCAGCUAGAUAAUCAGGGAGACCACUUGACCAGAGCACGCUGGGAAACAAAAAUAAAGAUAGCACGGAGAGGCAGCUAUUUUUCUUUUUAACAGUGUAAAGGUGAAGAAAGACGACAUGGACAUCCUGACUUCCUCUUUUGAAAGACACUGUUUAUAAACAUGCACUCAAAUACAAAUGGGUCUAAUGGCCUGAUGGCAGCAGACGGCAACAAGAGACGUCCUGAGAGUGAAGCUACUGGGGGAAACACAAAUGGUUGCAGGAGGAAACAGAGCUCCUGUAUGAGGGGCAGUAAGAUGCCUCCACACAGCCCAGAUCCAACCACAGAAUCAUGAAUUCUCAGUUAUCAUUAGCAACCAAAUCUUUGAGAUAUGGGCCUAAGGCUACUGUGUUCAAAAUGACCAGCCAAAAGCUGGACUUCUUCUGGAACAACCUUGGACAUGACACACAAUCUCUUGGCUCUCCAGGGGCAAAUCCAUGGUCUGUUGACUUCUAUCCGCAACAUUUCUACCACAUCACAAGAAAUACAAACAAUGGCAACAGCCACAAUGGUGAAGGCGUACCUUAGGACAACAUGUUCUAAAUAGUAUGUAUUUAUUAAAUCUUAGGUUCUUACAACAUUCCAGUGAUGUCAUUGAUUUCUCAUUUACAGAAGGGAUCUAGAGCCUGCAGCAGUUGGCUUAUAACUCAGGAGGAGCUAGGAAUUGAUUCCAAAGACUAGCCCCAACUCUUACAGGUGAGGGAGACAGGCUAAAACAAAACUAGUCUUCCUUAGACAGAAAGGACAAAAUGGAACAUGACAAAACCCUAUGAAAUGAAAAGGGUUGUGAGUUGAUGGUCAGAUAGAAUAUGAACCAGGUAGCGUAUAGGCAAUCCUGAAGCAGCUAAGAUUAAAAAUACAAAAUUGCUUAACAAUGGACUUUGGAGACUUUUCUAUGUAAGUACAUAAAGAAUUUCCUCAGUUGUCUGUUUUAUGGAUGUAUCAUUUUCUUUAGUAAGAUUACCUUUAUUUAUUGACAUGUUUGUAAAUAUUUUCCAUUGAAAAGUAAAGUGGCUUGUGCCAUGGCUCAAUAGGCUAAUCCUCUGCCUGCAGUGCCGGCACACCGGGUUCUAGUCCCAGUCGGGGUGCCAGCUGUCCCGGUUGCCCCUCUUCCAGGCCAGCUCUCUGCUGUGGCCAGGGAGUGCAGUGGAGGAUGGCCCAGGUCCUUGGACCCUGCACCCACAUGGGAGACCAGGAGAGGAGAGGCACCUGGCUCCUAGCUUCGGAUCAGCGUGAUGCAUCAGCCGCAGCAGCCAUUGGAGGGUGAACCAACGGCAAAGGAAGACCUUUCUCUCUGUCUCUCUCUCUCUCACUGUCCACUCUGCCUGUCCAAAAAAAAAAAAAAAAAGUAAAGCAUACACGCAUUUCAAGGCAAAGCAUCCAAUUCAAAAGGCAUUAUAGCAAAAAGUGGGCAACUUUCUUACCCCCAAUCAUUCUCGCAACCUUCGCAGAAGUCACCGCUUGUAUUGACACCUGGAAAUUUCAUAUACUCGUACAAUCGCUUACGCAUACAUCACGUGGCACAUGUGCAUUCUUUUUUUUAUUUAUUUAUUUGAGAGGUAGAGUUACAGAAAGUGAGAGGAAGAGACAGAGAGAGGUCUUCCUUCCUUUGGAUCACUCUCCAAAUGGCUGCAACAGCCAGAGCUGUGCCGAUCCAAAGCCAGGAGCCUCUUCUGGGUUUCCCAUGGGGGUGCAGGGGCCCAAGGACUUGGGCCAUCUUCUACUGCUUUCCUAGGCCAUAGCAGAGAGCUGGAUCAGAAGAGGAGCAGCUGGGACUAGAACCGGCAUCCAUAUGGGAUGCUGGUGCCAAAGGUGCAGAAUUAACUUCCGGCACCACGGCGCUGGUCCACAUGUGCAUUCCUGAUUAGUGAGAAUGCAGGAUACCUGGAUGAGUCUGUGUGCAUACAUCAUGUUUAUUCUAUCAAAAACAGAAGCACAGGGGCAGACAUUUAGCCUACUGGUUAAGACUCCCACAUCUCACAUGAGAGUGCCCUGAAUUCAACUCCCAGUUCCAGCUCCUGACUCCAGGUUCCCACUAAUGCAGACCCUCGGAAGCAGUGACAAUGACUCUCAAGUAGUUGAAUUCCUGCCACCUUUGUGGGAGAGUUGGAUUGAACUCCAACUUCAGAAGCCCUACCUGUCCCCCACAACAAUUGUGGGCAUUUGGAGAGUGAACCAGUGCAGGUGGAAUGAUCUCUCUCUCUCUCCUCCCCUCAAAUACAUAAAUAAUUUUAAUGAAAAUACAUUUUAUAUUGAAAUUUUUUACUUAAUGUAUCUUGAUGUGCUUUCUAUAUCAAUACAUGUUUUAUAUUAUUUGUAAUGUCUACUCAGUGUUUGCUAUAUAAAAAUAACUUAAACCAGCUAACCAGUCUACUUUUAGCAGAAGCUUCAGUCUCCUGUUUUUUUCUGUUGGAAUCAUGAUGUAGUGAGCAUCCUUGGGAGCAUCUUUGAACAUGGUGAGAAAAUAUUUUCAGGAUAAGUUCCUGGAGGCGCAAUUAUCACAUCCUAUGCAUGUAUAUUAAGUUAGUAAAUUUUAUUUUAUUUUAAAUAAGAAAAGCACUUGAGUGAUUCAAAACUUAAAGUAGUAUAACAAAAUAAACACUGGGAAGUCUCAUACUCUCUCCCUGACCUUGAUCGUUGUACUUCCUUCACUCGCAGUAAAUAAAGGCUUCAUUUGUUUCUUGAGAAUCCUUUGAGAUUAUUCUUCAUUCAGAUGCAAAAAAUUCACAUGUUGUACAUAUGAGAGUACUGCAAAAUGUUAAUGAAAAAAGAUGGAUUUAAAAAAUAUUCAAUUUGGUACACAAAAAUUUUGAAAUCUAUGCAUAGUUUUUUCACAAUACUCAUUUUCCAUAAAUUUUGAAGACAUCUUAUAUGCAUGAAUUUCCAAAAAAAAUUGUACCAAAGUAAACUUGCAAUUGCUUUUUCCAAAGAGGAUUUUUUGAAGUACACUUAUGUUCUUACCUCUGUUCCUAUCCCCAAAGUACAUACUACAUGCAUUGUUCUGUGUCUUACAUUUUCACUUAAUAUAUCCUAGAGAUCUUGCUAUAGACUGAAUUAUGUUCUCCCAAAAUUCCUGUGUUGAAAUUCUAACCCUCAAGGUGAUGAGGGAGGAAGGUGCUGAGGUCAUGGAGGUCGAGCCCUCUUGAGUGGAAUUGGUACCAUUAUAAGAACAGACAGAAGAGAGCUCUCGUCUCUUCUCUCCACCAUGUGAAGAUUUAAGGAGAAGAUAGCCAUCUGCAAAAACAGGAAGAGGGUCCUCACCAGGCACCAGAUCUACUGAAACCUUGAUCCUGGAUUCUCCAGCCUCCAAAACUGCGAGAAAUAAAUUCUUGUUACUUAUA